CCCGCCGGACCCGCCGUGCGGGGCGGUGCGGGGACGCGGAGUGCGCUCUGCGUAGGACGAGAUGUUGUUUUGUUGUGGCGAUCAGCUGGAUGUGGCAUCGCUGUCCGGUCUGAGCCAGCAGCGGGACGCAGCGGGACGCAGCCCCGGCUCUGCCUGCACACCAGCCCCGGCUCUGCCUGCACACCAGCCCCGGCUCUGCCUGCACACCAGCCCCGGCUCUGCCUGCACACCAGCCCCGGCUCUGCCUGCACACCAGCGCCGACGUGGAGCCGCCGGAGCCGGCGCGUCUCGAUCCAGGAAAUGCGGACUUCUGGCCCUUUCUGCACGGGAUAAGCGGCUGCAGCGGCGCUCGCACACGGGCAGGGCAGGCUGUGCCUGUGAAGCGUCUCUGAGGGGGAAGACCAGACUGCUCUGUCAGAACCAUCAGCGAUCUGAACAGUUAGCAUUCUUGACAACCAAGAAAGGAGAUGCAGAGGAGACCCUGGGAGGACUUUUAGGAUGGCCGAGGUCAGACAGAAUCGAAACUGCCGUGCACGGAGGGAGCAUCCAUGUUUACCUGCAUCCAUGCAGCUUCAGGGCACCUUUUAAUGAUGCCUCAUUUGGUCCUCUUGAAUAACUCUUGGCCUACACUGAAGAAGGUCCUUCAUUUUUAUUUACGAUUCCGUCUGUCGAUGUUCCCCUCCCUCUGACCUCGCUGCUGCCAUGUGGUCGGACCAAUGAGGCUCAGAGAGCCCUUCAUUAGUGGUCUGUGAGGUCUCCUCCCCACUCUAUGGAGGCUGAGCCCAGCCGUCCGGCUGAUGGGGAUCGCUCUGGAAGGCAAGGGCAGCAGCAUGUGACAGCUGAGUCUUCAUUUGAAUCUUGUCCACCUGAGCAGCCCCAGCAGCCUCCUAAUCCUCGUCCUGUACACAGAGCCUUGGGCCGCCUACAACAUCGCCAACCCAGACGUACUGACCUGCUUCGAUUACAGCAACAGCAAGCAGCAGUAUGGCAGCAUUCGGAUGCCCUAAACCCCUCAGGGGGCAGCUUCUACUCUACAGCCUCCUCAUCCCUCCCUUCUACUUCCUCCACCCAGGCUGAGCAUGGUCAUGGGGCGCCAUCUCACUCCAGCCAAGAGAGUCAAGAAAGUAUUAGUUCCCCCAGAAAGGGGGAAAAGAAACCACAGAAAACAGGGAAAUAUGUCUGCACGUACUGUGGACGUCCAUGUGCCAAGCCAAGUGUUCUUCAAAAACACAUACGCUCCCAUACAGGAGAAAGACCCUACCCUUGUACUCCCUGUGGGUUUUCCUUCAAGACCAAGAGUAACCUAUACAAGCACCGCAAGUCCCAUGCCCAUCGCAUUAGAGCAGGUAUGGCUUCUAGUCGUGACGAACCAGAGGCAAGUGGUGUUGUGGAAGACCCCGAGGAACACACAGACGGAGAAAGUACUGAGUCUGAGGAAGAGACAGGUCAGCAUAGAAAAUCCUCCUCUAAAGAGAUGCCCAGACCGAAGAAAGGGGACAAAGAACAGCUGGGAGGCUCAGAGGAGCCCCAAAGGCCCGAAGACUCCCAGGCUGUGAAGCAAAGACUGGCCUUGAGGCUUAGUGAAAGAAAACGAGGUCCUAUGGCAUCUCCAGAUGACCAUCCUUCCUCUCUCUCCACCUCAUCUUCUUCCAUAGGACCAGGUAGUAAAGGCAGCACAGAGUCUGGGUAUUUCUCUGGAUCAGGAAGUACUGACUUGUCCCAAGUUAGCCCACCAAGUUCCAGUGGCAAAACCUACGCAGAAAUUAUUUUAGGGAAGUAUGGAAGACUGGGAGGCCAGCAACGCAGUCCCCACCAACAACAGCCUCAUUCUUCACAUUCCUCUUCCUCAGGAACUGAGGAGAAGAGCAUUCCCUUCUCUGUGCCCAAAACCCAAGUCAUAGAACACAUUACCAAGCUCAUAACUAUUAAUGAGGCAGUAGUAGACACCAGUGAAAUUGACAGUGUUAAGCCCAGACGCUCAUCUCUGUCCCGGAAGAGCAGCAUGGAGUCACCCAAAUGUAUCACCCCAAAAGAUCCAUACACAUUUGAUCCCAAAGGAGAAGCUGCAGGCCCCAGUGGUUUGAGGCAUCUCCAAAACCCUGCGGCAGGUGCACAGGAACUGUCAGCAGUGCCUCUUCUUAGAAGCCACUCAAUGCCAUCAACUACCAGCCAACCAGAACCCUUCACCUCUGGCACCAUGUCUCCUAGAGGUUACCGCCUCUGCCAGUCAUUCGAUGAGCAACAAGCAGUGGUCGCAGAGAUGAGGGGUGCCCAGCGUACACUCAGACGCCAGCCCGCCAUAGAGGAUCCCCAGGGAGCAGAGCUAACAUUGGAGGAGACCCGACACGCCUCCUUGUCCUCUUCAGCCAGAGUUAUUGAAUCAGGGAAGCAGCCACAGCAACAACAACAGCAAAAGUGUCCCGGGGCAUUACAGUGUGGAACAUGCGGGGCCCGCUUUCAACACAGUGGAGCGUACGAGGCUCACAGAGGCAUCUGCCCAGUGCAGGAACAAGAGGAAGUCAGUCAAACAACCAGGGAGGAUCGGCCCCUGAUGAUGCACUAUAAGUUCAGAGCACUGGCCAUGGCUGUGAGGAAGAGGAGGAAAGAGGAGAGUUUGGAGGAUGAUCCUCCCAGCCCUGGAGCUGUACCCAUGUCAGGAAGCUCUGCAGGCCUCAUUUCAGUGCCAAGUAGACCAGAGCACAGCCAAGCCCUCUCAGGUGUUAUUUUACAGACUGAGCCAAAUCAACAGCAGCAGCAGGACAGGAAGGGUGUGUCUGUCAUCCAACACACUAGCUCUUUUGAGAAACAGGAGAGUAUAUCUAUGGAAAGCCAGGAACCAGACCUCAGAGAGAAUCAGCAAACACAAGAACCCGAGCCAAAACCAUCUCCGUCCACAUCACGCCUCAUCCGCCAGCCAAACAUUCAAGUGCCGGAGAUCCUUGUUACUGUGGAGCUUGAUGCUGACAUGCCAUCUGUGUCACCCCCGGUAGCAGCAUCUUCUUCCAAGGAGGCCGAGAGAGUAGAGGAAUUCCAGUGGCCUCAGCGUAGCCAGACUCUGGCCCAGCUUCCUGCUGAGAAGCUGCCACCAAAGAAGAAAAGACUCCGUCUGGCAGAAGCUGCACAGUCCUCCGGGGGGUCUAGCUUUGAGUCUCCGUCUCUGCCUCGUAGUCCAAGUCACGAAAGCAACAUCUCAAGUCAUUCUGCUUCAUUUGAAGAUACUGCACGUUCAGAGCCAACUAUCUGGGCUUCUAGCAGCCAAAGCUCUCAGAUGCUUAUGGUGCCAUCUGCCUCUCACCAAUACCACCAAAGUCACAAGGAGAUGAGGCGUUCGUGUUCAGAGCAGGCCCCAGCCAGCCCACAACAAACACAAGAGAGUGCAGAGACCAGAAGUAAGUCAUUUGACUAUGGAUCCCUUUCCUCUCAGCAGCCCACAUGCUCCUGGAAAGAAAGGAGGAAGUGUCUUCUUGUGAAACACGCCACCUUAGGUGAAUCCGAGCAGGAGGUGGGGAGCAACAUUAAUCAGUUGUCCAGAUCAGAAAGUCCCAAACCUGGUCCUUCCCACUCUAGCCAUCCUCCUCUCUACUCAGCUGAUCUGAGCUCCCAAUUUCACCUUGAAUCAACAGCAAAGGCCUUGCAAACAUUACCAUCACAAUUCUUUCCAUCCUCUCAGGAUCUCCUCCCUUUUCAGCCUGGAGUCCAACAUGCUUUCCCUCCAGGAUCACUAUCACAGCUACUACCUGUUACCACAACCAUAUCGGAAAUACUAUCCACCCAAGUCCUCCACAGGGCCAUUUUGCAUUCGCAAACAGGAUCUUCACCUAUACAGAUUCACUCGUCUCAUAUCCACAUGGCAGAACAGAGAAUACCACUGCCUCACCUUUCUCCCCUAGUUCCUUUCGCCUUCUCCCCCAGGACUAGAGCUGGCCAGACUCUGUAUUUGUCUGUUCCUUCGAGACUUCCCACACAUGCUCCUUCCCCAUCCACUACAGUGAGCAGACCUUCCACCUCUUCCAUGUCCUCUGACCUCGCCCAGCAAUCUGUUGUAACCAUCUCUUACCACUACCCAAGGCCAGUCAUUGUCACAUGUUUGGCACAGCUCACACCAGCAGUGUCCCUUGUGGUGCCAGUGCGCCUCCAGACUCAUCGACCUACCUUUGCCAGUGCCAUGUAUACUACUCUGUCCCAGAUUUUGGCUUCCACUCCUUCACAGGAGCCAACUUCUUGCACAGCUAUGGUCAUCAUGGGCCAGGUAGAUCGACACACACUGCAAAGGACAUACCUUAAAGUACCCACCCCAGAUAUCAAGAGUCUUCUACCCCUGACUUUGCCAACGGAGCUGGCCUCAGGUUCUGGGGAGGGAUACGGUCCACUGGGAGCUGGAGGAAGCAAACGAAUGCUUUCUCCUGCAGCCAGCCUUGAGCUCAGCACAGAAGCUCAACGUCACCAGAAAAGGGUGAAGGAGGAAGAGGAGGAGGAGCAACAUAAAACAAGGGAGGAAGAGGAUGAAGAACUGAAAGAAAGCCGGGAAGAAGAAAGUAAAGCCACUGGGGCAAAACUGGAUGAAGAAGAAAAGAAGCACCCAGACAGGGUAGACAUGGCAACUGAGAAAUUAGAAGAGGUACAAGACAAAGUAACAAAGAAUAACAAAAGGGACAAACAGGAGGGACAGAGGGAGUCAACUCAGAAAACAAUUCAAAAAAAGGAAGAGGUGCCAACUGUAGAGGCGGGGGUUGAGAGACCAAGUACCCCUUCAUACCCCAACCUCCACACCUCCACCUCAGUCAACUGGUGCUAUCUGAAGUAUGUCAAACCUAACCCAUCUGUGCAGCGAGACCCUCGUACCUCAGUCUAUUCUACAUGGAGCAUCAGUGCUCACAACCCCAACUUGCCGGGCCUCAGCACAAAAGUGGCCCUUUCUCUACUGUGCUCCAAACAGAGGCACAGCUCUGCGAUAUACACAAUGGCGACCGCCCUGACACAAACCAAAGGAAACCUGGCACCUGCGAGCCACAAGACAACACAUGUGUCUGAGGUACAUGCCACCUCACCCAGCACCGUCACUGAAGUAAAGAGUCAGCAGAAGCAUGAAAAGGAGGAUAAUAAAGAGACGAGAGAAGAGGAAGGACCUUCCACCUCCAAACCGGGCGAGUCUUCUCGGGUUCGCAUCUUUGAAGGCGGGUACAAGUCCAAUGAGGAGUAUGUCUAUGUGAGAGGUCGGGGGCGAGGCAAGUACAUAUGUGGAGAAUGUGGGAUUCGCUGCAAGAAGCCCAGCAUGCUGAAAAAGCACAUCAGAACGCACACCGACGUCCGUCCAUACAUUUGUAAACACUGCAACUUUGCCUUCAAGACCAAAGGAAACCUUACAAAACACAUGAAGUCAAAGGCUCAUGGGAAAAAAUGCCAGGCAAUGGGAGUCUCUGAGUCAUCACUGGACGAGCCAGAGAGCGAAGAAACAGCUGGAAGCGAUGAACGUGUGUGUGGCUCGGAGGAGCAGGACGACCAUCAGUUUUCUGACGUGGAGGAAUCGGACAAUGACGAAGAUGAUGAUGAGGAGGAGGACGAGGAAGAGGAAUCUGCAUCUCACGAAGACCCACUAUCCUCCUGUUCGUCGGACACCCACCCAUCAGCAGGGGGUCACUCCAGCGGGGGUCGGCGCUCCCAACAGGGCACUCCUGACCCUGAGCCCAGUCCCGGCCGUGAUCAGCCCUCCCCGAGGGGAGUCUGGCCCAGCAGGCGAGCGGCAUCGCCCGGUAGCAGGAGAGCACUGUUCUCCCGGCGAGGUUGGAAAGCGUCACCGAGAGGGUUCUCCCCCAGCAGCGAGAGCUGCCCCCCCAGCCGCAGUCUCUCCCCCCGCCUGGAGCUGUCCUCGCCCAUGCACAGCCUCUCUCCCAGGACCGAGCUCUCUACUCCCUCUCAACACGUGUCACCCUCUCCCGAGAGAGGGCCGUCUCCCAUCAGACCUCUUUCUCCUCUUCGUCCCAUUUCACCCAGCUGCUACCGGCCAUCUCAAGUUCGAACCCCUCCGUCGCCGCUGAGAUUGUAUCACAGAACCUCUGGAUACUUACCCUGGGAGAGCCCUGGCACUAAAGGAGGUCACUUCAAACUGGAGAAAACUGGUACCGCAGGAGAAGAAAGCAGCUCCUUUCCAGCUGCUUUUCGUCUUUCCUCCAGUGAGGCUUAUCCUGGCCUUCAGACAACAGAGAACAUCUUCAGCCAUCUUCCCAUGCACUCCCAACAAGCCAAGGUCCCCUAUCUAAUGAUACCAAUUGGUGGUAUUCAAAUCGUACAGGCCAGACCACGGUCCCACCCGACUACACCGUCAUCUCCAACAUCUCCACCACUCGAGGGGCCGUCUCUGGCUCGCCAUGAAUCAUACUGGGGCGGGACCCCUAGGACUCAAGGGCUUAGGACUCCUGGAAGCUACUGGUCAGAGUACCAGGUAGCAGGAACCAGCCAGGCGGUGCAGCACAGUCUUACUACAGCAGUGACACUUUCCAAAGCAGAUUUGAAGACCACGGACUCAAAGCAAUAUGGCAGCUCACAUAGCUCCAUCCACACCCACAGGUCUGCGAGCAAAACCACCAAACACAGCGCCAGAGACGGUGGUACAAGAGCACCCGGCCUCAGCAUAGCAGACCCUGUAGCGCUGCGUGCCAUCGAACAGGAGUCGGAGAGGGAGGAGUUACCGUCGGGUAGCGGUGUGGUGGAGGGAGAAGCGGAAGGAGAGCAGAGCACUUGACAGUGUCGACACCUUGAUGCAUCCUGCAUCCCAUUCUGCUUUACUGGUUGCUACACUAGUCUUGUUUUUUAUUGCUUUGUUUUUAUACAGUUUUCAAUACUAUUGUUAACUUAAAUGCUUGUUCUUUGGCAAUAUUCAGGUUUGUUAUAAAAAUGCACUUUUUCUGUGUGAAUAUAAUGGAUAAUGUUUCUGUAAAUUUCCCUAUAUAAAUUAUAUAUACAAAUAAGUAUAUAUAUAUAUAUA